GUUGCGCAUCUCUUUGGGGAAGGAAAUUCCUCGAGCCCAGUGGGGACACUUGGCAAAUUAGAAGAAAGGGUAUGGUUAGAAUUUUCCACGCUUGGCUGAUAUAAUAACGAAUGAAAAUGAUAACAGUAAUUUCGUAUGAUAUUUCUUCUUCCAUUCGAGAGACUUAACGAGUUGCUUGCUUCCUGCUGACCUGCGAGCUGGUCGUCCAAUGGAAGAGGAGAGCUCCCAUGGAUGUUGUGGAACCAAAACUUGGAGACCCCUGAAGACAUGGGCUUCAGCCACUGUUUUCAUUCUCUUCACAGUCGUUCUUCUCUCCGGCGUCUUCCUCUCCUGGAUAGAUAUUCCUACUUUUACUUUUCCAGGUGCUUCAAUUUUCAAACCUACCGCCAACGAGAGGUCUGCCCAACCGUCUCUGAAAACCGAGUUCCCGCUCAAGUGCAAUGCAACCGUGAAGCGAACGUGCCCCUUGGAUUAUCCCUUGAAACACGAGACCAAAAACUUAUACGCCGAGGUAUGUCCCGAGUACUUCCGGUGGAUCCAUGAGGAUCUCCGGCCUUGGAAGGCCGCGGGAAUCACGAGGGAGAUGCUGGAGAGCAUUAAGAGUACCGCGCAUUUUAGGAUAGUGGUUCACAAGGGGAAAGUCUACCUGGACAAGUUCAGGCCUGCAUACCAAACGAGAGAAGAGUUCACAUUCUGGGGGAUCGUGCAGCUGCUGAGGAUGUAUCCCGGCAAGUUGCCAGAUUUGGAGCUGAUGUUCCAGUGCGAAGACCGACCGGCAAUCAAGAAGCAAGAUUACCAGGGCUCGAAAGCCACCAAGAUUCCGCCACUGUUUCAUUACUGUGGACACCAUACCGCGUUCGACAUUCCGUUCCCUGAUUGGUCCUUCUGGGGCUGGCCUGAAGUGAACAUAAAGCCGUGGGAAAGAACAUUAUCAGCCAUAAAAGAGAAGGCAGCGAUGAUGCCAUGGAAGGAUAGAGAGCCCUAUGCUUAUUGGAAAGGCAACCCUACUACUUCUCCAAGCAGGGCUGAUCUCCUCAAGUGCAACGACACCGAAAAGAUCGAUUGGAAAGCUCGCUUGUAUGACCAGGAUUGGGGUCGCGAAAUGGCAGAAGGAUUCAAGCAUUCGAAUCUAGAAGAUCAGUGCACUCAUAGGUAUAAUAUCUACAUUGAAGGAAUCGCUUGGUCGGUUAGUCAGAAGUACGUUCUGGCAUGCGACGCCAUGACUUUGCUGAUAAAGCCGGAGUACUAUGAUAUCUUCUCAAGAGGACUGAUCCCCAUGGAGCAUUACUGGCCUAUCAGGCCUCACAAUAAGUGCAGAGACAUCAAGCUCGCCGUGGAAUGGGGAAACAAACACCCUACGCAGGCGCAGAGCAUCGGAGAGAAGGGGACCAGAUUCGUCGCUGAGAGCGUGAGAAUGAAGUACGUGUACGACUACAUGUUCCACUUGCUCAGCGAAUACGCGAGGCUUCUGAAGUUCGAGACGAAGGUGCCCCCGGGGGCGGUUGAGCUGUGCUCGGAAAUGAUGGCGUGCCCUUUCGACGGCUCAAUCAGGAAGUUUAUGGAGGAGUCCAUGGAGAUGUCCCCCGGUGACUCGCUUCCAUGCUCUUUGCCGCCUCCUUACGAGCCUCACGAACUCAAAGCCUUCCUGAAGGGGAAAGAGGAGGUGACUAGACGGGUGGAGACGUGGGAGGCUCGACACUGGAAGAAUUUCAAGAAACGCUCAUCCUCUUGGUGGUCUCGGAUCUUCCAUCAUUAGACACAAGGUUGGACAAGUUAGUUUCAGAAUCACUCUACUUACAUACCUAGAACGAUCAAGCCACUACACUUCUUGUUUGGUUAGCCUAUGCAUGACUGCAGAAGCAGGUGAAUGGGGCUGCCAUUUUGUGAAUAUUUCUUGCAAGUACAGAGUCAUUUUCUCCAAUUAGAUCUCGAGGCCACGCUCGAGAAAUUCUUACUCUUCGCGGUAGGGUUACUCUCUAAAGUUCCCAUAAAGGGUUACAUUCAUCUCUCACUGAAUUCGAAAGCUUUCGUAUCUUAUCUUA